UUCGAGUAAAUACUAUAUUAAUUAAAUUGAUUUCUAUCUAAAAGCCGACACAGAGUUUGGAGUAUUUCUUGGAAUGGGAGGACCAGUUGAAGGCAUGCCUGUUAGGGACGACCGCCUUUUUGAGCCUUCUUUUAGUGUUAGUCAUCUGUUUGUGUCUGAACCAGAAGUCACGGUAUGAGCGACAACUGAAAGCGGCGACCGUUCCGGUGUUUGGCGGCGAAAGUCAAUUGACUCGAUCUAAUGUCCCCAACACUAACCAACACGCGAGCGAGGGGUCCAACCCUAUGUGGAUGACCGGGUAUGACAACCGGUGGUACGACAAGGAUGAGGAACAGAUCAGCCACAGAUCGAGUGGUGAUAACUCGUUGGACGAGAACGCAAUCGCCAGCCAUUCGCCGGACGACUCGCUCGAUGGUAGCGCCGGUCGCGAGUCCGGGGGCUCCUCCGCCUCCACCACCACUAAUGACAAGCAGGCCCUCUGCAGGGGGCUGGCUGUGGGUCGGGUCACCCCUCAGAAUAUAACACUCCCGCAGAAUAUCAAUCACAUCACUAUUAGUCAUAAUAAUAAGAAUAAUAAUAAUAAUAUAAAUAUAGUGAAGAAAUUAGCGCCAAAACCGCCCCAAAAGCCGCCGAAUAGUGUUCCGGUCGGCGCUAAACAGGCGAUGAGCGCCGGUGGUUACGCCCGACAGCCAUCGCACCCGAAGCUCAGCACAAAUGGUGUCACAUCUAAACCAAUCGCUGCGUCCAAUCAAAGAAGUAUUAGUAAUGUAUAUAUUGAGUCCUAUUCGCCCUCUAAUCACAACAAUAUUAAGACAUUUGCUAAUAAUUCGCCACAAAUUCAUAGCAAUUAUAAUAACAAUAAUAUCAAUAAUAAUCAGACUUUAAAUCAGUUAAGUCUUAUGAAUCUGGAAACAACAGAAUUGUAA